AUGACCAAGGACCUUAAUCCCGCCAAGCUGCCCAAUCUCAACACCACGCUCGACCCCGCCUCGCAGAAGAUCACGUGGGAUUUCAAGAAGAGCGUGAACCACAGCAAGUAUUUUCCUGAAGACGAUUUCGACCAGGGCAACUGCGCGCGGGCGGUGCAGGGUGCGUAUGCGAAGCUCAAAGAGACGGACGAUGAUGUGUUCCCCAGCGGAAUGAGCCCGUCGGUGCAGCACUUGGUGGACUGCACGGGCGUUGCUGCCUCGUGCCGGGGGGGUUACCCCGAGGCUGCCCUGCAGUAUGCCGCCAAGAUCGGGCUGCGGGACGAGGCGGGAUAUGCCUACACGGGGGAGAGCGGCAAGUGCAGUGUUAACGAGGACUCGCAUGUACGAGCAGGUGCCACUGCCGCCGGGGCCGCUGGGGCUGGUGGCUGGCCAAUGCUCCCUCCCUCUUCCUUACCGUGUGCUUUCUCUUCCCCACCACCCCUCACCACCCCUCUCCACCGCUCUCAGGAUUUUUUCAACAUCUCAAUGUACGAGCUGGUGCCACUGCCGGGGCCGCUGGGGCUCAUUCUCGCGCUGCAGAAGCAGCCCGUCAUCGUCACCAUCCGCGCCUCCUCCCAGGACUUCAUCGACUACGCGGAGGGCAUUUACGAGGGCUUGAACUGCUACAACCCCGUGGGGGAGGUCGUUGUGGAUACGCGGGGCAACGGGUUCAGUGCGACAGCUACAGCCACCAACAACACGGGGCUGCUGGACCACGUGAUGCUGGCCGUGGGGUACAACUACGAUGUGCUGGGCAGCGCGCAGAAUAACUUCAUUCUGAAGAACAGCUGGGGCCCGCAGUGGGGCGAGAAUGGGUACAUGCGGAUCCGCAUGGAGGGUGAUCCGUUCAGCACGUGCGGCAUGCUGGUCAACCGCGGGCUCUACCCCGUUGUGAACUCCCGCCAGACCACGGACCCCUUCGGCACGUCGCCGUACGGGGGCGGCACGUGUGUGGCGGACACAAGUGCCGACAUCUCCAUUGUGCUGCCCAGAAACCCCUGCAGCGGUUACCUGCUCUCACUCCCCCACUUCUCUCUCUUUCUCCUUGUCCCCUCCCACAGUUGA